AUGCCUGACGUCCUCCUGGCCGUCACGCUGUUCGGCAGUGGCGGAUCGCCUCAGCUCUGUGGGCCGGCGAUGGUGAAAACGACACCCGCGCACCAGCUGCGGCGGAUCAUCGGCUGCUUCUGCAGAUGGGCAGGUGUGCAGCCGGAAUCGGUCGUCUUUCACUCGGUGGACGGGCGUGCCUUGACGCCUGAGGCAACGGUGGCGGAGCUGAGCCUCAGCUCUGGGCACGCCAUCACUGCCGCGGCAGCCUUCACGCUGCUCGAUGUCGAGGACUCGGAGCUGGCGGCGCUGACGAGCGGUCUCAUGGGAUGA